UUAUAUGUACGCCUUUCGUUCUCCUUUCAUGCCUGUACUCCUCCUCUUCUCUCUCCUCUUUCUUGCUAAUUUUCUGCGUUGCGACCAAAUUAGAACAUUUUGAUAUAAUUUGUCUCCAUCUUUCUAAUAAGUAAAUCUCCGUGCCCUAGUGAGGCAUUGGUAUACAAGCUGUCCCAUUUUCUUCUUUUUUAUCAUGAGUUGUAAUGGUUGUCGAGUGCUUCGAAAAGGAUGCAGUGAGAACUGUAUUCUUAGACCCUGUUUGCAAUGGAUUGAAACUCCUGAAGCUCAGGGCCAUGCUACCAUUUUUGUUGCCAAGUUCUUCGGCCGUGCCGGUCUCAUGUCCUUUAUUUCCGCUGUCCCAGAAAACCAACGGCCUGGUCUAUUUCAGUCCUUAUUAUACGAAGCUGUAGGAAGGACAGUUAACCCAGUGAACGGAGUUGUGGGACUAUUAUGGACAGGCAAUUGGCGCGUAUGUCAAGCGGCGGUAGAAACUGUUCUCCGUGGCGGCGCAUUGCAGCCAAUCCCGGAGUUUCUCGGAAAGACAACACCAAUGGAUGAGACAUCUGAAUGCAUAGAUCCUUAUCAAUACACGCGAUCGUCCAAGAUGCAAAAACGGUGUCAUUCGGCAGAUCUUGAUUUCAGUUUAUUAACACGAGGUUUUCAGAGUCAAAUGGUGUAUGAUCCUCCAUCGAGGAACUCAGAGGAAUCUGUUGUAAAGACUAUGUGUUGUGCAGAUCAACAAGGAAAAGAACCCACACUACUGAGCUUGUUCACUUAGGUUUUUAUUAACCUUAUUUUUAUUUUAUUUUUCCUUUCUUUUUCUUGGUUAAAUCUUUCUUUUCUUCCCCAGAAAUAGAUUCUGGUGAGUUUUUUGUACAUCACUGGCGCAGGAUUCCCCUUUCUUUCUUAUGAAUAGUAAUACAGAAACAAGAGUUGGGGGGGGGGAGGGGGGAGGGGGGAGGGGAAUGGAAAGUUUCCCAGUGUUUCCUUCUUCUCUUUUGUUGUUCUUUGUAUGUUUUGCUUUCUUUUGGUGUUGCAUAACCAGUCUAAUGAAUGUUGGACAUGAAUAGAAGGAUAUGUUUCCUCU